GUAAUGGCUUACGUUAUAAACUCGUUCUUGUUUGUAUUAGCUAUAUGUGCUUGCCGCGGACAGCUGCUCGAUAGGUUCUUCCCAUCAGUAGCGUCGUCCGCGCGAGAGCAGACUACAUCAAUAGCAGGCCAGCCUUUAAUUGGGGCAAUUGGAAAAACUGCCGGUGAUAUCUUCGCGGGUACUCUGAAUACUUUCAGCCGAAUCCCUGUAGCAGUAGCACGAACGAUAGGUUACAGAGGAUCACCGAGUAUUAUAAACAACAGAAAUUUAUUCGGUUCAUCCGAUCGCAUUAUCGCCGAAUAUAAAUCAGGCCUGGGAAAUGAGGACGCUGUUUUGUCUAUCGGAGAACUCAUCGUGAAGUAUGGAUAUCCGUUUGAAGAGCACGAGGUGGUUACAGAAGAUGGUUACAUAUUGAAAAUGUUCAGGAUACCAGGCAAUGGAUCAGUGGUGUUACUAAUGCAUGGAUUGUUCGGCGGUGCCGAUGAUUUUGUGAUUGCUGGCCAAAAAAGCAGCUUGGCGUAUCUUUUAGCGAAUGACGGAUACGACGUAUGGUUGGGUAACGCUAGAGGGAACAAAUACUCUCGCCGGCACAUCAGUCUUCAACCCUCCGAAGCAGUGUUCUGGGAUUUCUCUUGGCACGAAAUCGGCAGCUACGACCUGCCAGCCAUGAUCGAUUACAGUCUCCACAAGACCAACAAAAGGUCGUUAUAUUAUAUCGGACAUUCUCAGGGCACAACUACGUUCUUCGUGAUGGGCUCCCAAAGACCUGAGUAUAACAAAAAAGUUGCUCUUAUGAUAGCGCUGUCGCCCAAUGCUUACAUGACAGAAGUGAAGUCACCAUUUGUGAGAUUGUUCGCUCCAGGAACACCCCUGAUUCACGCGGUUUUGAAAAUCUUCGGCGUUUACGAGAUUCCGUCGGACAAUGUCUUAAUGAGAAUACUGAGGACUUUGGUAUGCGGUCUGGGACCUUUAUCAGAGAUCUUAUGCAACAAUGUACUAAUGCUCUCCGUCGGGGUUGGUUUUACUGAGUUAAAUGCCACGAAUUUGCCAGUGAUUUUCGGUCAUGAGCCUUGCGGUGCUGCUGUGAAACAAGUGGCCCAUUAUGGCCAAGAGUUCGUAUCUGGAGAGUUCCAGCAAUACGACUACGGUUCAGAGAUGAAUUUGCAGAAAUACGGCAGUGAGGUGCCCCCAAAUUAUCCGCUGGAGAGGUUAACGGCUCCAGUUUCGUUGUUUUACAGCGACAGCGACUGGAUGGCCGAUCCAAUCGAUGUAGACAAGUUGUACAACAGAUUGCCCAACUGUAUAGAUAUACAUAAAGUACCAAGUAAACAGUUCAAUCAUUUAGACUUUAUUUGGGCGAAAAAUUUUAAAAGUCUAAUAUAUAAUAGGGUAGUGAAAUUGUUAAGAGCAUUUUCCUAA